UGAAUUUAUUUUUGAAUAACUAAACUUUAAACACUUUAAAACAUAAUUUUUAACUUAAUAUACGAUUUUAAAUUUGAAUUUAUAAUUCGUUAUAUAUACGUUACGUGUAUUUUCUAUAUAUACGGAAAGAAACCAUGGCGGCUGUUUUGUUGGCGAAAUUAUAUUUCCAUUGUUUAGUGCGUUAUUCCGACAGAGAAUUUGUCUGUUGAGGUAAUAAUUUGAAAAUUCGGAUAAUUAAUAAACAAUGGAAAAUCAAGAUAUUUCCAGCGAUGAGGAAAGCGAUGAACCGUCAUCGUCAUGUUUUCCGUCCAAUAAUGAAGACGCAUUGAAUUCAUUUCGUGAGAAAUGGCAACGUGAACUUGAAUUAUCACCGAAACGAGAUUCGGUUAAAAUUAAACUUAAAAAAUCAUUGAAUUCAAGUAUUUCUGAAGAUGAGACUAUUUCAAUUGAGAAUAAAGCAAAACAUCUUUUUUUAAAAGGUAUUGAACAUGAGCAAACGGGAAAAUUAUAUGAAGCAAUUCAAUUUUAUAAACGUGCAGUUCAAUUAGUUCCCGAUAUUGAAUUUCGUCUUUAUGAAUCAACUAAAAUUAAACCUCAAAGAUUUGAAUCUGAUGAAAGAAUUCCGAGAGAUGAUGAAAAUCACAGAGAUGAUAGAGAAGAUGAACAAGAAGAUACUGAAGAUGAUGAUGAUGAUGAGGAUAAUUCCGAUCUAUUUUUUAAAUUAUCAAAAAUUGUUAGUCGCAAUCAACGCGUUUGUUUUCCACGUUUUGAGCAAAAUGUAACACAUAUUUCAGCAUUACCAAUGGAAAUUGUUCUCUAUAUUCUGCGAUGGGUUGUUUCCUCAGAAUUGGAUUUACGAUCCCUUGAAAUGUUCUCUCGUGUUUGUCGUGGAUUUUACAUUUCGGCGCGUGAUGCAGAAAUUUGGAGAUUGGCUUGUGUUCGAGUCUGGGGCGUGAAUUGUGGAAAAUUCGAACCGCAAUAUUUAUCAUGGCGAGAUAUGUAUUUACAAAGACCAAGAUUGAGAUACAAUGGAUGUUACAUAAGUAAAACAACUUAUCUACGACAUGGGGAAAAUAGUUUUCAAGAUCAAUUUUACAGGCCAUGGCAUCUUAUCGAAUAUUUCAGAUAUUUAAGAUUUUUUCCCGAGGGUAGAGUUUUAAUGUUGACAUCAACUGAUGAGGCUCAAAUUUGUGUAAAUUCAUUAAAAUCACGAACACCACGCAAUUCAUCGAUAUUAAUUGGUCACUAUCGUCUAAGGGAUAAUUUGGUGACGCUCAUUUUAAAAAAACAAGAACACAAAACAAAUAAUAAUAAUAACAAUGUAUAUAGACGUAAAAGGAGAGAAAUUUCACACGACAGCGGAGAACAAACAUUUCACGCUGAAUUUGAAAUUCAAAAUUAUCAUAAGAAAGUGAAUUCGCAGUUAAACUGGCUCACCUACAAUAUUUAUACGAAAUACAAAAAUGGCGAAGAGGUACAAACUCGCUUGAAUCUUGGAAUGCGUUAUCCUUCAUUUCGAUUUAGUCGAGUUAAAAGUUACACCCAGGAAAGCGAAGCUCCCUUGCAGUAAGCGUAUGAAAAAUUAACAAUAUUCUUAAAAAUCUUAUUAUUAUUAUUAUUAUUAUUAAUAAUAUUAUUACUAUUAUUAGUAUUAUUAUUAUUAUUAUAAAUCAUCGACAUCGUAUCUGUGGCCUAUUGAAACGAUUUUUUCGCUAUUUAUGUUGUCGAUAUCGCAUUGCGCAAAUAUUCAAAUCACCGAAAACGGCUAGUUUUUUUUUAAAAAAAUUGUUGAAAAUUUGUUUCUAUAAAGUGAAUUUUAAUACUAGUUAAUUAACUGCAGAUAAUUUUAUUUAUAUAAUAUAUAUAUAUAUAUUUAUCUUUUUUAAGAAUUAGAAAUAGAAAGAUGAAUGUGGAUAAAGUAUAUAUAUUUAUUUGCAAAUUAAGAGAAUUAAAUUUUUAAAAGAUAGUUCGCGUUCGGUCUUUGAUAAAAAAUACAUUUUUUUUUAAAAAAGGUGAAAAAAAACAUAAUUUUUCCCUUUUCUUAAAUGGUAUUUUAAAAAGAAAUCACUACGAAAAGAAAAUCGAAUGGGUUUCAAUAUUUGAAACAAAUUUUUAUUUAAAUAUCCGAAAAAUGAAUUUCGGUGAGAUAAUAUUUAUAAAUCAACUUUUUGGUAUUAUCUCGUUUUGUAUAUGUACAUGAUUUAAAUAAUGUGCCUGCAAGCAUUAAAAUAAAAACUUAUUUUUUUGACGUGCUACAAAAAACACUUUUGAAAAUCAUGGUCCUACUUUUCAAAAAUCGUCAUAUAUUAUUUAUAUAUAUAUAUUAUUAAUUAUAACGUCGAUGUAAAAUUGCCAUCAUCUGAAAAUAUUCUCUCGAUAAUCAUUCAACCGAUAUGUAUAUCAAACUUCAAUUUUUUUUUAACACGUUCAAUUUUUUAUAUUUUACUUUCUUAAGAAAGUAUUUUUUCUAUUAUUAAUUGAAUUAUUCAAAUCGAACGUGUUUUUUUCAUAAUUAUUAUCAUCAUCAAACAGAAUCCUUGCUCGAGUAUCUCUCGUCAAUUUUGUUGUUAUAAUUUCCUAGAUUAAUAUUAUUAUUAUUUUUAAUCUACUUUUAGUUAUGGACUUAGUUUUUUUUUUCUUUUUAAUAUUGCAAUCAACGUGAAAUUUUUCUGCUAGUAAGGAAUAGUUUUUCUGGCGUUAUACUGUUUUUUUUUUUUUUUUUCUUUGCGAGAGGUACGUCGUCGAAGGAGGCUAAGCGGUUUUUUUUUUUUAUUUAUUUUGAGAAA